CGCGCUCACAACCAACACACUGAUUAAGUUCAGCUUAAUUAUAUAACUUAAACAAGUUUAUGUGCUAAGUGAAGUGUUGUGUUAUCGAUAUUAUAAAAAUUCAAAAUGAAGAUCGCAAUAGCAGUUAUGCUAAGCUGCACGUACCUGGCCAGCUGCCUCCCUCCCCCGCACCCCGCAGUGGUCCAAGUCCGACUGGAGGAGGAACUGCUGCCAGAGGACUUACGGAGUCCAGCCCUGCGCAAUCCACACCUUCAGGAGAUAUUACCGCUGACCAGCGUUCUACAUGAAGGGGAAAAACCAGUAUUUCAACGUGAAGCAGACACAGUAUCACGUAGGGAGAUUUACAAUAUUCUGACGCACGCCGGCUUUAUCCCGCGCCAGCCCGGCCUGCCGCCACCGACAUACCACCGCCCUCGCAGCCACAAGACAUCGCCACAGCAAAGCACCAGUCCUCAACAUUACGAUAUACCAUAUCUAUCUCAUACAGAUUUAUUGCAGUAUCUAUAAAUUAAUUUAAGUAUUGUUAUAACCAAAUAUUCAUAAUUUAGAUUGUAAUCUAUACUUAUUGUAUAUAGUUGAGACAAGAUUUGAUUGUUUUAGUUCAGGCAGUCAAAAACUGUUAAUGUUUAACGCUUCUUGAAUUUCGUUCAUGUGUAAAUACUGUAUUAGUUGUAAAUUGCAUACUUACAACAGAAAAAAACAAAACACAAUGUAAAAAAAUCAUACAUAUCUUUUAAAAGUAUUGUUAAAAUAUUAGUUAUAGAUAUUUUGUACAAAUAGUAUUAAAAUAAAAAAACACUUGCCGUGAUAAAG